GACGGUGACAUUAAGUGAGGGUCCGUGCAAGCGCUUCUGAUCCGCACCUGUAAGAUGGGGCUCUGGGGGUUCCUGAAGACCCAGUUUGUGGUCCAUCUCCUCAUUGGCUUUGUGUUUGUUGUGAGCGGCCUGAUCAUCAACUUCCUACAGCUUUGCACCCUGCCUCUAUGGGGCAUCAACAAGCCGCUCUAUCGCAGGAUCAACUGUCGCAUGGCCUACUUGUUAUGGAGCCAACUGGUGAUGCUUUUGGAGUGGUGGUCGGGCACCCAGUGCACCCUCUUCUCUGACCAGAAGACCAUCGAUCACUUUGGGAAGGAGCAUGUGAUCAUAAUCCUGAAUCAUAACUAUGAAAUAGAUUUCCUGUGCGGCUGGACUAUGUGCGAGCGCUACGGAGUCCUCGGAGGUUCCAAGGUACUGGCUAAGAAGGAGCUGCUGAUGGUGCCGCUGAUUGGCUGGACCUGGUACUUCCUAGAGAUCGUAUUCUGCAAGCGCAAGUGGGAAGAGGACAGAGACACCGUCAUCCAGGGGCUCAAGGACUUGAGGGACUACCCAGAAUACAUGUGGUUCCUGCUGUACUGCGAGGGCACCCGAUUCACUGAGACCAAGCACAAAAUCAGUAUGGAGGUGGCGGAUAAGAAAGGCCUCGCUCGUCUCAAACAUCAUCUCUUGCCCCGUACCAGAGGAUUCACCACUGCAGUUCAGUGUCUGAGAGGCACAGUGUCAGCGGUGUAUGAUGUCACAUUAAGUUUCCGUGGGAACAAGAAUCCAUCCUUGCUGGGAAUUCUGUAUGGGAAGAAGUAUGAGGCCGAUAUGUGUGUAAGACGCUUCCCCUUGGAAGAGAUUCCUGAGGAUGAGCAGGAGGCAGCUGCUUGGCUGCACAAGCUGUACCAGGAGAAGGAUGCUUUGCAGGAGCAGUACAUUCAGGAGGGAACCUUUCCAGGAACCCAGAUUGUGCCCCCCAGGCGGCCUUGGACCCUACUGAACUUUUUAUUCUGGGCUACACUACUCUUAUCUCCUCUGUUCUCAUUCGCCAUUGGGAUAUUUGCCAGCGGAUCUCCCCUCCUUAUCCUUUCCUUCAUGGGCUUUAUGUGGACAGCCUCAUUCGCAGUGCGACGCCUGAUUGGCGUGACGGAGAUCGAUCGGGGAUCUAGUUACGGGAAUCACGAGGUGAAGAAGUCGAUUUAGCUGCAGGAAAACGCUGGGACGUCCUGGACUUUAUCUUUUUAUUUCUUACUAACGUGAACUGAGGAGGAGGAGGAGGGAACUCAUACAGGCCACACAGUGACAUUAAGAGCCAAUAGGAUCCUGCCAUUACAUAGACACAAACCAAUGUCACUUCAUGCUGCACAUUCUCUCAUCACGUGCCGUCCUGUAACCACUCCCUCUGUGCAGCACACAGGGGUCGCUCAUUCUCCAGACAUAUAAACCCACUCGCUGCUGCUGCGCACCUCUCUGAGCCAGACCCCCCCACCUUCUGACAUCUUCAGGCUGAUGAAGAGGACACAGGAGGCCCCCAGGCCACUCAGCAUUUCCUCUGCAUGGAAAAAAAAUAACACACCAAUCCGCUUUCCUCUGCACGGAACAAAGCAUGCUGGGACUCCGGCAGCACGGACUACUCUGCACCUCUAGAUCCGAAACACCCCCCCCCCCCCCCCAACCAACAGUAGGUUUCAGGCUCUUCUUGAUGAAGCCAUGCUUUGAGGUACAGUUUGCUUAGGAACUGCCCCUUUUCCCUUAUAUCGUACCUGUAGCAACUAUUCAACAAUAUCUGCAGUGCGCCCCCCAAAUCUCACCCUAAUGGACCCACAAACUUAACUGUUUAGGAGAACAAACCAGCAUUCUCCCCAAAUCUCCCCCAGACUUGCCAUUAGGCGUGGGACCACCCCCUUUUGCUACACAGGUACAGUACCUCUCUUCUCUGCAGGGCACAUUUACACUCACACUCUCUCUCUUACACACUCUUACACCUGCAUGCUCUGCUGGGGAGAGGGGCACAUGUAUUUCACCUAUACUUGGUAUUGUGGGGCCCCACUGAGCAGGAGGCGGGGUUCCACUUACUCAGGGGAGGUGCCAUACAUCUGGCCAGUGUAGCACAAAAGGGUGGCUUUAAUGUGUAUGUGCUCAUGUGUGAUCAAUUAUUCUACUAGAAACCCAAUAUAUAUAUAUAUAUAUAUAUAUAUCCCCCCUAAUCCUGAGGGAAACACAGGUGGGUGCAACUAUAUGUCACUAAGUGAGGGGGGGGCCCCCAACAAUCCCAAAAUCGCUUUCUCUCCCAUUGGAACACUGCCGCAGGAUAUUUUGAAUGGGGUCUGGGUUCCAGCAUCUCCACACUCCCUAUCUGGCUCCCUCAGUUUUCCUAUUCUAUUAGUCACACCAGAUGCACGUGGCCCCUUCUGAGCCACGGGGCCCCUUUAGGGUUUGGUGUUGCCUCUGCCUGAGGAUAACGGUAGAAUUUGAUAGAGGUGGCGUCGGACAUAAUUAUGAUGCUAAUUCAAAGGCAUAUCGGCAUCUCAUAGAGCAGAGUCACUAACGUAGGGCUAAUCCCAUGGGUUUACACGUGUGUGUCCUAGUGCAGCGUGUGUUUAUAUAUGUGCAAGGGCCGCCUCUCAGGAACAACUGGAGCAUUCUCUCUCUAAUCAUGGAACAAACGUCUCUUGCACAGUUAUUCUCUGCUAGAUGUGGCCCCGUGUGUGUAUUUGCCCCCGUGCUGGCUACUUACCAGUGCAACAUUAAACCUCUGUUUGUUGUGCUCCUGCUGAAAGCUUUGUGCACUGCCUGUUCUCCCAAUGUGAAUGUUGUACCCAUGAAGAGCUGUGAAUAGUUUGUACCAGCAUGUGAAUGGUGCGCACCCUGAGACCUGCUGUGUCUGAGCUCUCGUAUAGAUUGGGGUGCAAUGUAUGAAUGAUGUGGGUCAGUAUUAGUACAUAGUGUGGUACCUUUCCUAUUUCAUGUUCCCUUCAGCAUGUGAGUCAUUAGUUGCACUAGUUUUUUGUGUGUCCCCCUUCUCUUGGCCAGAUCAGUAUGUGUGUCCCCUCUCCUUCCCAGGGCCCCUGCCCCAUAUCAGGGUGUGAGCCAGUAUAUAGUCCCUGCCCUGUGUUGCUCCAUUCUGCUGCUGCUACUGAGGAGCUGUGGCCCCCUGGAGCCACAGACAUUUUAUGAAUGGAGCUCUUUUGGGGAGACAGUUGUACACACUGGGGUGCAGGUGAAGGGAGAGAGCAGGGGCCACAGUCCCCCUGACGUGUGUAUGUUGUGGAGCUGCUGAGUGUGUGUGUGUGAGUGAGUGUGUGUGUGUGUGUAUAUGGAGUGAAAGCUGUAUGUGACAUUUACACACUGCACAUGUUUGUACACACAGGGGAGGGGCUUCUCGAGUUUUGGUACACAGGGGUAGCUCUCUACUCUGCUUUCAGUUCACAUAUCUCUGCCCAUUUCCUCACCCUGUAACGACAGACUAGGAGUAAUAAAUAAUACAUGAACUACA